AUGGUUACCAAUAUGAAACAGUGGAAUGGCAUUAACGGUUGUCUAUACUGUGAGGACAAAGGUACUACUGUUGGUGGAGAUCAUCUGCACCGUUACUGGGCAGCAAAAGAUUCAUGUGUAGAGAGGAGCCAUACUUCUUUCCUUAGGUGUGCCACAGACACUGUAAGCCUUGGAACAGCAGUGUGUGGGGUAAAAGGGCCCACUGUUCUUGCUCUUCACCCCUGCUUU